GCGCGUGAGCGUCGCUUUACUCUCUCAAGUUCACCGUCGCAUUUUUUCAGUCGUGGGGAUUCCUGAAAGAGCUGGAAAAGGCUCAAUGUUGGUCGUGCUAUGACAGCAUCUCUGCUCCUCCAUUCCCGCUGGAUCGAGCCGGUGAUGUUUCUCUGUGACAGCGGCUGCUCAGACGACGUGAGCAAGAACAUGGAGGGAUUCGCGGGAGGCAAUUUCUCCGCCAACCAGUGCCGGAAUCUUGUGGCCCACCCGACUUCUCUUGCUCCCGGUGCGCCCUAUGGAUCGAGUGAAGUACCUGUAUCUGGCGUGACGGAACCUGUCAAGCAGUGCAGCCCGUGCUCGGCGGCGCAGAAUUCCCCCGGUGCUGCUUCUUUGCCCUAUGGAUAUUUCGGUAGUGGCUAUUAUCCGUGCCGAGUAUCACAUCACGGCGCAGUGAAGUCUUGCGCGCAGCCUGCCGCUUACGCAGAUAAGUACAUGGAGACGUCUGUCUCCGGAGAGGAGUUUUCUUCUCGAGCUAAGGAGUUCACUUUCUAUCAGGGCUACUCGUCCGGACCUUACCAACCUGUGCCCAGUUAUCUGGACGUGCCAGUGGUGCCUGCUCUAAGCUCUGCUCCGGAACCGAGACACGAGUCAAUUUUGCCCGUGGAAACUUACCACCAGCCUUGGGCCAUCACGAACAGCUGGAACAGCCCUGUUUACUGCCCAAAGGAGCAGACCCAAUCAAGUCAUCUCUGGAAGUCUUCUCUUCAAGACAAUGUGUCAGGAAGUGAUGGCGCUUCCAUUCGACGCGGGAGGAAGAAGCGCGUGCCCUAUACCAAAGUCCAGCUGAAAGAACUGGAGCGCGAAUAUGCGGCCAAUAAGUUCAUCACGAAGGAUAAACGGAGACGGAUAUCUGCUCACACAAACCUAACCGAGCGUCAGGUCACCAUCUGGUUUCAGAACAGGAGGGUAAAGGAGAAGAAGGUGGUCAACAAAUUCAAGAGCAUCACUUAAGGGGCUACAAAAUUUGAGACGGACAGAGUGAAGGAGACACUUCGUUAUUUAUUAUGUUCCUCUGGGAGUGACUGUGCUGAGAUGUGUAACCUAUAUCUUCCAUGCAAGAAAAAAAGAACAUUCUGCUUAACUUUGAAGACCUUAUAUGUUACACGGUGAUCGUGAUGAGGAAGCAAAUAAACUGACAAAACAUUUGUAUGCCUAUACACAAUUUAUUUGUUUUUGUGGCAGUGCUACCAGCCACAUAAACUCCGUUUCGUAUUGAAACAUGAAACCAUUGUGUUAAUUGUAAUUGCGCGGGAGACAAAUGCUGUGUCUAGGCUCAGUAACAUGAAGCUACAAUUAACCCAAUGUUGCAAGAACAUGUUGUUAAGGCUAUAGACCAGAGGUCAUCUACUCCAGUCCUGGAGGUCCGGAGUCCACCACAAUUUUGUGAUUUUCAGGCUCAAAGACACCUUAUUCUGGAACUGAUGACCCCAGCUACAGACCGCCAUCACAUUAUAGUUUAUGUAAAUAAAUAAACAUUGUCUUAGAUAUGACUACAUAGUAUCUUAAAUAUUUUAGGUAGAAAUAUAAUUGUUCACAGUUUGUUCAAUGUUUGUACCCCGCUAGGUCUCUAGUCCAGGUUGUUUAUGGAGCAAGCUCCUAUUUGUUGCUGAAAACAAUAUUCCAAUAAAACUCCCAAUUUUAAUAUUUCCAGAAAGGAUUGAAAAUGCUCAUUGUUAUACAUAGGUAAUUUGAGCAUUGUAAACGUGUUUUUAUCUCUCAAUAUAUGCUUAUAUUUCGAGAUACAGGCAGAAAAGCUAGAAAAAAGACAGCAUUUAUAUGACAAAAAAUGAAACUUGAAUGAAAACCACAAUGUUGCCAUCUAGUGGUAGACUUGAGUCAUUGCAUCUGGAAAAGAAGGAGCUUUCGGGAUUAAGGUGAAACCUAAAAUUAAACACGGGGACUUUGUACAGAUCUAUAUGCAGUGUAAAUCAUACUAUUUAAGUGUAAUAUCAGGGCAGUGUACGGAAGUAAUAAUCAACAUGAUACAGUAAAUAAACAGGUAUGGGUAUUGCACACAACAAGAUAAGACUCGGGACAAAUCAGACAACCGGGGAACACAAAUUAUUAUUAUCGUAGAAUAACAUUUCCCUAUGUAAAUCACAUAAAUCGCACUUUUGUCAUCAGACGUUGCCUCUGUGUUUUGGGAAGGGGGAAAGACGUAAUGGAUAAGACACUCAUUCAGACAUACUUUCCGCUGUACAAAAGUAGGGUACAAAAGAAGUUUUACAGAACAUUUUCACUCAAGUGCUGAGUGAUAUGCGGUUCAUUCUGUCGUAGUGACAAUAUCAUAUCCAAGACAAUUAGUCAUCCUUAGGAGUUGUCAACCCUAUUGUGUUGUAAUUUUGUGAGGCCUAUUGUAAUACUGAUUGCAGUAAUGCAGACCUAUAAUAACAGCUAGAUUUAAUUAUAUAAUGCUAUUUUUUUUAGCAAUACACAACAUAAGCUGAUGGGCCUAAUGAGGUCCAUAACAUAAUUCAAACAUUUUUUUCUGAUUUCUCAUGAAAUAAAUAAGUUAAAUGUACAUAAACCUGGGAAAAUAGUGUAAUCAGACAUCAAAAUCUCACGAAACAGAAAAUUAUAUUCUGUUCGACUUUUUAAAAGAUCACUUUCCCACAAGUUUCUUUUUUUGCUGUUUAUUCAUUUAGGCUUUCUAACAUGUAAAAUAAAAGAGAAACAGAUGAUGCGAUAAAACACAAAUACGCAAAACUUAAAAAGACAUAGAGUCAGUAAACAGUCUUUGAUUCUAAACUAAAUGGCAAAAAAUUUUUUUUUUAAAUAAUGUUUAAAUAUAAGUCACAUUAUAAUCCUAUUAUCCAUUAUAAUCCUAAUGAUGAUCCUAAACAAGAAAAAUCAUAUGAUUACCUGCUAAAUAAACAAGUUUUGUAAAUAAAUUUUUGAAAACAGUUUUGCACCUUGGUCUUACCAUAUGACACAUCCUUUAAAGUAUUUCCAGAACAUACAUAUUUUCUUCCUUUCU